AUGACUGAGGUUCAACUUUGUAAACGCUGCUCUUCGGAGCCGGCAGUUGUGGUUUCCAGAAAAGAGCCAUUUUGUGCUAUUUGUUUUCGUAAGUUUAUAUCUCUGAAGCAACGAAAGCAGAUGAUGUCCGAUCAAUACUUUCAGGAUAUCUUCAAGGUGAUGUAUCAAGACAAGCUGAAAAGUGCUGAAGAAGCAGAAAAACUUAAUGUGGAAUCUAGAGUCUUGGUUCCUCUUUCCUUUGGAUCAGCUUCAAUCGUAAUGCUAGAUGUGUUGAAUGACACUUUGCAAGAACAGCUGGAUGUGCAUCGCGGUAAGGUUGGUUUCCACGUCGACAUAAUAGUGUGUUACUUUGACACAGAGCUACAACUUUUGGAGGAAAAACUAGGUGCGAUUCUCAAUGGCAGGUUGCGAGAAAACAAGCACAGGUACAAAAUUCAUAUGGUGAACGUAGAGUCGUUCUACAAAUCUUCUCAACUAUUGCGAGUUCAUUUACAAGACUCAAGCUAUACCGUCAGAAAAGUAAGUGCUGCUGCAGACCUACAAAACGAAUACACCGUCAAAGAACUCUUGAGCUCUUGUUUGAACCGCUCGGCCCGAGAAGACCUGCUUAAUAUCAUUAGGACGGCUAUAAUUAAGCUCUUCGCUACGCAAGGUGGAUAUAAAGCUAUCUUAUGGGGCCACUCAAUGACAAGGCUUGCCGAUGAGAUCAUAUCACUUGUUGUUAAGGGCCGCGCGUCCGAUAUCGCAAACUCUCUAAAUGACUCAAAUUUCGAUUGCGAGUUCGAAGGGUCUUUCAAAAACUUGCAUCCAAUGCGUGACAUUUUAUUAUCUGAAAUUGACGCAUACUGCCACAUAUCAGAACUUGUUCAGUAUACCCACAAUUAUAUUCCACAGGAUACUUUACUCACCAAAAAGGUGCUUAAUACGGAGACGAUAGGAAGUAAACUUACCAGAAACAUGACAAUUAACGAAUUGGCGCGCCAAUAUUUCGAUAACAUAGAGGGAAAUUAUGCCAAUAUUAUUUCCACAGUAGUAAGGACGGGUGCUAAAUUAGACGAUCCUUCAAAUACACUGUCUACAAGUACGAGGUGUGAGAUUUGUAAUAGCAAGCUGUACAAAGACGGAUCAAAUUGGUUAAGGCAAAUAACUGUGACAAGCAGUCAUCCAUUGGAAAAUGAUGACGAUGAAAGCCUACAUGAUGCUUGGGCACUGUCUGAACAAGGUAAAAUACGAGGGGAAUAUUUGAGAUUGACCGCAGAUAUGGAAAACAGGGGCCAGGUCUUGCCUACGUGCUACGGUUGCAUACUGACACUCGGUGAAGUAAAAUUCAAGAACAUUUACUGGCCAGAGAGCCCGCCAGAUAUCCUGAAGGAAACUUUAAGAGAUUUUGUACUAAGUGACGAUGACGAGUAG